UCUCUUCAAAACCCUCCAAAACUCGAAGUUUAAGAAUUAAGAUCAUCAUCGUUCACCUAAUUCAACAUCACUGCUCAAACAGAAGUGAGUAAGGAAAGAGAGACUUAGAGAGAGAAAACAAACAAUGGCGAGGUCAACCAGCAAGGAUGCUCAAGCCUUAUUCCACACUCUCCGUUCUGCUUACGCCGCCACUCCCACUAAUCUCAAGAUCAUCGAUCUCUACGUCGUUUUUGCUAUCUCCACUGCUUUGAUUCAGGUGGCUUAUAUGGCAGUAGUUGGAUCUUUUCCAUUCAACUCUUUUCUGUCUGGUGUACUUUCUUGUGUUGGUACAGCUGUUCUUGCUGUAUGUCUUCGCAUUCAAGUGAACAAGGAAAAUAAGGAAUUCAAGGAUUUAACCCCAGAGCGAGCGUUUGCAGACUUUGUUCUUUGCAAUCUAGUUCUCCAUUUGGUUAUCAUGAACUUCCUGGGAUAAGGUGGGACAACCUGGAUUAGUCGAAUUGUUUUACCUUAUUGUGCGUUAUGAGUAUAAAACAUAGGAUUAGUUAUAGGUGGUUUUCCUGUUUACUUUUCAGAAGCCUAAGCAGUUUGAUAUAUGGAUGGCAGGAUGAAUAUGACGUAAGACUCAAUUUUGCAGUAUUAUGGUUAGAACCUAAAAUCCUUCUAUUAUUAAGGAUGUAGUUAUUUGUCCUCACUGAUGGUUAUUUUUUUUGAAAUUUUACGAGUACUCCACCCCCUUCACCCCUUCAUAUAUUUAAAAAAAAAUUUAUUUAUGUUGCCCUAAGCUAA